UCCCAUGGCAACGGCAGCUGGUCACGUGAUUUGAUGUCUCGUAGAAUUCUGUAAGCCUACUUUUGUGUGAACAUUGAAAAGCCUUGAAAAGGACGCAUUUAUCAGCUUUGAAGACACCGCCGAGCUAUGGAUGUCUUCAUCUGCGGCGUCUGCCGCAAAGGUUUUCAUGACAUUGCAAAGUUUGUGGAGCACAAAAAUUCACUGGAAGUAUUUGGAUGCGGCCAGUGCAAUGCCAUGUAUCACACUUCCAAGGAGGUAGCCACUCACACUGUGGAGGAACAUGGUAUGGUGACUGAGAUGCAAGAGUUUGAACAGGAACAGACUGCACUUACAGCUACAGAAGGAGACUCUCAAGAGCUGGUGGGUGUGCAGAAUGAAGCUAUGCAAGAUAUAACAGUGAUUCCAACAUCUGGAACCAUCUCCAGCAUUGUUCAUGAGGGCCAUCAGCUAGUGGCUAUGCAAGAAGGCCAAGUUUUUGGCUCGACUGUUGUCAGCAUGGCAGCUGAUGCUAAGAGUAAUUGCACAACUGAAGGAGCAAAAAUUACACUUUCCACAGCGGCCCAGGCUUCCCAGGAAGCAUAUGUCUCUGUGCAAGAAGCUCUUGGUGUUGAUUCAGAAGGCCAGACUAUUGUGCUCACUGAAGGCUUUUCAUUCGAAACUUUGGAGAACAAAGUUGUCGACGUAUUUGCAUGCAGUCUCUGUCAGUGCUUUGCACUAAACGAGGAUGAAAUGAUAAAUCAUGUACAUGCUAGUCACGAUAGAAGUGUUACAAAGGGCUCAGAAGAAGCUGCAUCAUUCUACUAUAGUCUCCAACAAUUGGCACCUGCAGCUCUCCUGGCAGAAUCAGGGGAAAGCCUUGGUGAGGAGAAGACUAUGCUACGUAUUCUACCUGUUGAAGCCCUGCAGGAGCCAGUGGAGACCAUCAAUAGUGCACAGCCUACCACUGUUCACCUUGUUGUCGAGACCGCAGCCCCCAAACGGAGGCGUGGGAGGCCACGGAAGGCUGAUCGACAGUGCAGACUGCAGCCUCCAUCUGCAACAGAAAAGUCUGAGGAAGAACCUCUGGUUCCUGUUCGAGGGGAAGAUGGAAUGUUUCACUGUACCCGCUGUAAAAAGGCUUUUCACAAGGAGAGGCAUAUCCUUGGCCACAAGUGCAUGGCUAGAGGAGACUAUGUUGAUAUCAACGAGAAGAAGGACAUGGAAACUGAAGAGGUUGCUUCUGGUGAGGUGGAAACUACAGGAGAGGACAACAUGGACGAUGAAGAUAUGGAAGAAAUUGAUGCAGAUGUCACUGAGGACUUCAAGGCUUACCGUGCAAAUAACCGUGAACCUUGGUCUCGCGUGAGGUGCCGCCGUGGUUCCUAUCGUGGUCGUGGACGUGGACGUGGGAGAGGUUUCAGAGGAAGCCGUGGUAUGUUCAAAGGAAGUGGAGGAUUAGCUCCAGAGAAAGAUGAGGGAGCUCCUGCAGGAGAUGAAGCAGACAAAGAGAAUUUGCAGGCAUUCAGUGGAACAGAAAGGGGGAGUGAUGAAGGUCAAGAAACACCAGAAGCAGAGACAGCUGUUAGCCCAGUGGUGCAGCAGAAGCUACAUUGGCGUGAUGAUCCUCGGCACGUGCCAGUGUUUUCAACAGACGAAGAGCGCAUGACCUUUGAGGAACAUUUAAACAGAGUGGAUCUCAGCUGUGUUGACCACCUGUACACACAGCAUGAAGUUGCCCAAGAAAUCACGUCUGUACCAGGGUCACGUCUUGCUGGAAAGGAGAUUGGCGACCUGCAGGUUUUCUCUUGCAAUGUCUGCAAAAAGGUGUUCAAGACUCAGUCACACAUGCGACUUCACUGCCUGAUACACACAGACUUGAAGCCUUUUACGUGCCAUCUGUGCAGCUUCACCACAAAUGCAAAAGGCAACCUGUACACUCACAUGCGCAAGCACACAGGCAACUACUUUCGUUGUUCACGUUGUGACUUUCGUAGCUGCAACCGCAGCCACAUGGCUGAACAUGAGGCCACACAUUCAAGUGUAAGGCAACGCUGUGGGCUGUGUGGCAAUGACUACAAUACAAUAAAAUCACUUGUCAACCAUGUACGCAAGUACCACACUGGACCUGCUGGGAAGCGCUAUUUGGCAGGAUUUCAGGCUAAGCAGCUUCAAAACAUGGCUGUGCUGCAUGUUUGCCACAUAUGUAACCGCAAAUUUAAGAAGAAGGUGGAUAGAGACAGGCAUUUGUUUGUACACAACGUGCCAGAGAGCUCUUCAGCAUACCCCCAAUGUGGCCUGUGUGGAUACCAGGCUUCUCGCAGAGCUUACUUGGAAAACCACUAUCGUAAACAUCGCCUGGUUUACGUUUGCUCUCUCUGCUCUUGUCUCCAUCUCAGUGCAUCCAGUCUACGGCAGCACUUACAGGAACAUUUAGAUAAGAAGUCUGUAGUCCUGGUGGCUCCUGAAGCCGCAGCUGAAGACGAGGGCACUGAUGGCAUUGAGUGCUUUGUUGCUGAGAAUGGGGCAUCUUUAAGGGAAGACCUUCCUGACCACACUGAAAACCCAAUUGAACUAACUUCUGCGGGAAAUGAUGCAAGUGCUUCAGAACCAGCUGAAGCAGGUCUAACUAGUAAAGACUCUGAAGAGAAUGAUGUCAUAAUGGAGGAUGUAGAUGCCACAAUGACUCAGAUACUUCAACCACCAGCAGGUGAUGAAGCGUCCUCUACUCAAAUACCUACCACUGUUUCAGAUGAAGUUGCUGCACUUCCCGAUGAUGCUACUUUGGAGUCAUUGUUUGAUGAUUCCAUUCAGAACAGUUGGUAUCUGCCAGAGCCAGAUGGUUCGCUCGCAAUGAGUCAUUAUGUGAAUAUCCCUCAAGAGCUGACUGAAAAUCAGGGGGCAGAUGAGGAACCUGACAGUGCUGUUGCAGCAGUAUGUGAGGAGGUUUCUGCUACAGAGAGUGAAAAGCUGUCUGGUAGUGAAGCAGGUCCCUCAGGUAUAUCUGGUGCAAACAGCUCGAUGGGACGCAGUCUUCAGCCAAGUUUUUCAUCACUGUCACAGCUCAAUUACAAGCCUCUCACAGCGGAAGUGUUUAUGAAAAUUCGUGAGACAUUCGGUCAGGAAGAAUGUCCCGAUUGUGGCCGUCUGUUUCAUAGUCGUCUCGAUUUAGAACCUCACAUGUUGACACACACGGAUGAAAAACCUUACAAGUGCAACCAGUGUCCAUAUGCUUCAGGCUCAAAGGACAACUUGAAGCGCCACAGAGAAACGACCCAUGAAGGACGAAGGUAUCCAUGUGACCAGUGUGAUUUUGUUGCUCAGUCACGCAGUGCCUAUUGUCAGCAUCGACAGAAGCACUCUGCACCCCAAGGGAAAUGCCCCUUUUGUGACCUUCGUUUUCCUGCAUGGCGUAUGCUUCGUGCCCACUUACUGUCACAGCAUCCUGAUGUUGACAGACAAGAAAUGCACAAGGUAACAGGGUCAACACAUCGUGUGAUAGCGCGACUUGGAAGAAGAACUUACAAAUGCCCUUACUGUGGUCGCGUGUUCCACCGUUCAAGUACAGACUUGCAGAAGCAUAUUUGGAUUCACGAGGGCAUCAAACCUUUCAAGUGCACGGAAUGCAGAUACGAGUGCCGUAGUAGGAACAACCUCAACGUUCACAUGCUGACUCACUCCUCAGAAAAACCCCAUCUCUGCGAUCAGUGUGGAAAAGGGUACAAGUCAAAGGCAGCUCUGAGACUUCACGUGCGCACCCAUGGUCGCGGCCUGCUUUUCUCGUGCAACCGAUGCGAAUACACUGCUACCCAAAAGUGUCAUCUGAAGCGCCACUUAGAGACACACGAUAUUAUCAGGAAAUACGUGUGUGAGCACUGCUCCUACUCAUCCAACACACUCAACUAUAUGAAGGUACACUAUAGCAGAAAGCACCGAGGUGAAGCUUUCAACCAACAUACAGUCGUAGCUGAUCCUAGCUCCAUUGAACAGCAGAAAGAUCGUGUCUACAAGUGCCUCAGCUGUGCCUACAUCUUUGGAAAUAUGAAUGAUAUGAAAAGGCAUCUGAGGCUGAAGCAUGGAGUAUGCCUCGAGAACCUUGACUUCAGUGUGGAAGAAGUAAUGGGGGACACUGUGGUGACUGAAGCUUCUGAAGCUGUAGUAGCAGGGAACAUGACUGUUGAAGAUGGAAGCAGCGUAGAAUUGGUGCAACUACAAGGAGCAGGCGAAAGUACGGCAACAGUUCUUCCAGGCUCUUUCCAGACGUUGCAGCUAGGAGAAGGCGAUGAUGGUACAGCAUCAGCAGUGAGCAUCAUUCAACAGAUCAUGGAACAAGGAGCAUUGGACAACAUGCAACAAGUGACUUUGCAGACAGCUGAUGGUGAAAGCCUGGUUGCAUUAAACCCGGAAACCAUUGUGGUUCAGCAGCAAGAUGGCCAAGAGGUGGUCCUUAGCGGUGGAGGGGAGGCCUCCUAUGUUAUACAGUAUGUACAGCCAGAAGAUAUGGAGGAUGUGCCAGCUGAGGAGCUUGUGCAAGAAAUAGCAGCAGUAGAUGUUGCAGUGGCAGAGUAGCAACCAUGUGAAGCAAAUCCUUUGAACUGAUUAUAUGCAGCACCAUGGCACAGACUUGUGAUAACCUGUUCUGAUAGAACUGUCAUACUAUCAUGACAUACAUCAUGCAGAUGACACACAGCAGAGUGUAAAAUGAAAUCAGUGUUGACCUUGCUCAUUGUAAAUAAUUACAAUAUGAGUCAUAGAUCUAUAAAUGAAAUGCUAACUGCCUUCAAGUAGUUUUCCCAUUGUAUUGUUAUUGUUAUAUUAUACACUGAGGUUCACUAUAAUGUACAUUGAAUACAGAACUUGCUGAGGUGCAACCAUUGAUAAUGCAGAAUGACACA